UGAAAAGUGUCUUUCUAGAAAUUUACAUAUAUUUUUGAGUGAUUGCUAAAUUUCUGUAUAAAAAACCGGAAAUAAUUAGAGAACCUGCAGAAGAGAUUGGAAGAUGGCUACGGAGGAUACAACGGCGGCGUCCAGUGGUAGAUCUGGCGGCGACGGAGCAUCGGCGGAUUCAUACAUCGGCAGCUUGAUUAGUUUGACUUCGAAGAGUGAGAUCAGAUACGAAGGUAUACUGUACAACAUCAACACUGAGGAGUCCAGCAUCGGCCUACGCAACGUGAGAUCAUUUGGAACAGAAGGACGGAAAAAAGAUGGACCUCAAGUCCCUCCUAGCGACAAAAUUUACGAAUACAUACUGUUUAGAGGAACUGAUAUAAAGGAUUUGCAAGUCAAAGCUUCCCCUCCAGUUCAGACUACACCACCCAUUAACAAUGAUCCUGCAAUUAUUCAGUCGCAAUAUCUACGUCCAACAGCCCCAUCUACAAGCUUGCCUACAGGUCCUAAUGGGUCUUUAGCAGAUCUUGGUCCCCAUUCUGCACCAAUGGGACUCCCUGGGUCAAAUUUCCAAAGUGGCCUGCCUGUAUAUCAACCUGGAGGGAACUUGAAUUCUUGGGGCCCUACUCCACCUAAUGCAAAUGGUAGUGGAUUACCUAUGCCAAUGUAUUGGCAGGGAUUCUAUGGCACACCUAAUGUCCUUCCACAACUAUCGCAGCAGUCCUUACUCCGGCCGCCUCUUGGCAUGUCAAUUACUCCGUCUAUGCAACAGAUGCAAUUUCCUGCUUUCAAUUCAUCUUUACCAACAGCUGCAUCUAGCCUGCCCAGUUCUACUUUGCCCGAUCACCAUUCUUCGUUUAUUCCUAGCAGCACAAGUUCUUCUAGUUUGCCCUCUAGCAGUUUGCCUGCUUCAACUUUGUCUUUGAAUAUGCCCCCUAUGCAACCUGUUUCUUUAGCAUCUGAAAUAAUGACCGAUCUGUUGCCGAACAAGGCUCCUGUGUCUGCCAUCCCUACAUCAAUGCUGAGCUCUAGCUUGCCAUCAUUGGCUCCAUUUUCAGUUCCUGAUAAUGCAGGAACAACUUCUAUUACUAGCAAGAACGUAGUACCUGGCCCAGCAGCUGUAAAUGAGCAGACCAUAUCUCGGCCUGUUACAUCUAAUGCUGGGACAUCUGGUUUUGGUCUAAUAGAGACUCCACCACCUUUAUUAACCCCAGGGCAUCUGUUACAGUCUGGGCAAUCUACUGCUUCUGCACCUCAAUCUUUACAAACAACACACAAGGAUGUGGAAGUAGUUCAAGUGUCAUCAAAGCCUGUGGCAGAACCGCCAGCUCCUGUAGCAACGGAAGCUCAACCACCUAUAUUACCUUUGCCACCAAAUGCUCGGGCACACAAGCCAAAUGGAGGCCCUUAUUAUGCGCGUAACAAUUACAGAGGGCGUGGGGGAAGAGGAUCUGGGAACCAGCGGCCAGUUAUGAAAUUUACUGAAGAUUUUGAUUUUAUGGCAAUGAAUGAAAAAUUCAAGAAGGACGAAGUUUGGGGCCAUCUGGGAAAAAGUAAUAGGUCGCAAUCUAAAGAUAAAGAAGGACACGGCGAUGGCCGUGAUGAGGAAGAUCGAGAGGACGAGGAUUAUGUUGAAUUGCCUAAUGUUGAAGUCAAGCCUAUUUACAAUAAGGACGACUUCUUUGACUCCCUUUCUUCCAAUGCCCUGAACAAUAAUCCUAAUCAUGGAAGGACAAGAUACUCGGAGCAAAUAAAGUUAGACACAGAGACAUUUGGAGAAUAUUCAAGGUAUCGAGUUGGUAGAGGAGGCCGGGGACCAUAUCGUGGUGGUGGUCGUUAUCAUGGGUCUUCCUAUGGAAGAGGAGGUUAUGGAUAUGUAAAUAGGGGACGUGGGCGCAACAUGCAGAGUCCAGCUUCCUAUUAUAAAAACCGAUAUAACAAAAGGUUCAUUUUUGGCAUAAAUAACCGGCAAUAUUUAGAGAAUCAGCAGAAGAAUUGGAAGAUGGCGGAGGCUCCAACCGCGGCGUCGAGCGGUAGAUCUGGCGUCGGCGGAGCAUCGGCGGAUUCGUACAUCGGCAGCUUGAUUAGUUUGACUUCGAAGAGUGAGAUCAGAUACGAAGGUAUACUGUACAACAUCAACACUGAGGAGUCCAGCAUCGGCCUACGCAACGUGAGAUCAUUUGGAACAGAAGGACGGAAAAAGGAUGGACCUCAAGUCCCUCCUAGCGACAAAAUUUAUGAAUACAUACUGUUUAGAGGAACUGAUAUUAAGGAUUUGCAGGUCAAAGCUUCCCCUCCAGUUCAGACUACACCACCUAUUAACAGUGAUCCUGCAAUCAUUCAGUCGCAAUAUCUACGUCCGACAGCCCCACCUACAAGCUUGCCUACAGGUCCUAAUGGGUCUUUAGCAGAUCUUGGUCUCCAUUCUACACCAAUGGGACUCCCUGGGUCAAAUUUCCAAAGUGGCCUGCCUUUAUAUCAACCUGGAGGGAACUUGAAUUCUUGGGGCCCAACUCCACCUAAUGCAAAUGGUAGUGGCUUACCUAUGCCAAUGUAUUGGCAGGGAUUCUAUGGCACACCUAAUGUCCUUCCACAACUAUCGCAACAGUCCUUGCUUCGGCCGCCUCUUGGCAUGUCAAUUACUCCGUCUAUGCAACAGAUGCAAUUUCCUGCUUUCAAUUCAUCUUUACCAACAGCUGCAUCUAGCCUGCCCAGUUCUACGGUGCCCGAUCACCAUUCUUCGUUUAUUCCUAACAGUACAAGCUCUUCUAGUUUUCCCUCUAGCAGUUUGCCUGCAUCAACUUUGUCUUUAAAUCUGCCCCCUUUGCAACCUGUUUCUUUAGCAUCUGAAACAAUGGCCAAUCUGUUGCCAAACAAGGCUCCUGUUUCUGCCAUCUCUACCUCAAUGCUGAGCUCUAGCUUGCCAUCAUUGGCUCCAUUUUCUGCUCCUGACAAUGCAGGAACAACUUCCGCUACUAGCAAGAGCGCAAUACCUGUCCCAGCAGCUGUAACUGAGCAGACCAUAUCUCAGCCUGUAACAUCUAAUGCUGGGCCAUCUGGUUUCGGUCGAAUUCAGACUCCACCACCUUCUUUGAUAACCCCAGGGCAUCUGUUACAAUCUGGAUCAUCUGCUGCUCCUGCACCUCAAUCUUUACAAACAACACAUAAGGAUGUGGAAGUAGUUCAAGUGUCAUCAAAGCCUGUGGCUGAAUCAUCAGCUCCUGGAGCAGCGGAAUCUCAACCACCUAUAUUACCAUUGCCACCAAAUGCUCGUGCACACAAGCCAAAUGGAGGCCCGUAUUAUGCGCGUAACAAUUACAGAGGGCGUGGCGGAAGAGGAUCUGGGAACCAGCGGCCAGUUAUGAAAUUUACUGAAGAUUUUGAUUUUAUGGCAAUGAAUGAGAAAUUCAAGAAGGACGAAGUUUGGGGCCAUCUGGGAAAAGGUAAUAGGUCGCAAUCAAAGGAUAAAGGACACGGUGAUGGCAGUGAUGAGGAAGAUCUAGAGUAUGAGGAUGAUGUUGAAUUUCCUAAUGUUGAGGUCAAGCCUAUUUACAAUAAGGAUGACUUCUUUGACUCCCUUUCUUCCAAUGCCCUGAAUAAUGAUCCUAAUCGUGGAAGGACAAGAUACUCGGAGCAAAUAAAGUUAGACACAGAGACAUUUGGAGAAUAUUCAAGGUAUCGAGUUGGUAGAGGAGGCCGGGGACAAUAUCGUGGUGGUGGUCGUUAUCGUGGGUCUUUCUAUGGAAGAGGAGGAGGAGGAGGUUAUGGAUAUGCAAAUAGGGGGCGUGGGCGCAGCAUGCAGAGUCCAGCUUCCUAGUGACCGUGAUCAGCGUAUAAACUUUUGUGUAAUGUCUUUGUAUUGUGAUUGUGAUUUUUAGUGUUAAACUUAGGGUGAAGGGAUAGAGUCGUUGAUCUUCCUCUUUUGUUAAAUCCUUCCUAUUUUCAUCGACAUGAAGUUGAAGAGGCUACGAGUAGAGGUGGUGCUAGUUGCUGAUAUAUAUUUCGUUUAUAGGAGAUGUAUUUAUACUGCAAGGUAAUGAAGAAUUGAAGUAUUUUCUCCUCA